CUUUAGGUUCCCCACUGUCCCCGUCGUCCCGCCCCUUCGCGUCCCGGGAACCGGCUCGCUUCUGAGCCGCACUCGCCGAUCCUCCAGGCAUGCCCCGCUACGAGCUGGCUUUAAUCCUGAAAGCCAUGCAGCGGGGUUGGUACAGUAGGCUUCACUAGACUUAGCUGCAACUCAGAAUUUCUCCUCCAGCACCUGAGUAAAUGCUGAUGGUCUUGUGGAGAGUGGAUUAAGAGUACGAGCUAAGUUCUCAAUCCCAAUUAAGAAGCGGAAAAUUUAAACUGUCUUCUUCAAAGUUUAUCACAACCACCACCAUCAAGACAGCAAACCAAAGGACAAAGACUUUGACCUGCUGUGUUGCUCUGUGUAGUCCAGUUCACGUAUGGUUUACAGACUUGGCUGGGGUUACUAAAAAUAAAUAAAGUUGGACACUUCUGUCAUUGGACGCUAUUAUUCACAAGUUACCAGAAUGAGAGCUGUACUGGACACAGCAGACAUUGCCAUAGUGGCCCUGUAUUUUAUCCUGGUCAUGUGCAUUGGUUUUUUUGCCAUGUGGAAAUCUAAUAGAAGCACCGUGAGUGGAUACUUCUUGGCGGGGCGCUCUAUGACCUGGGUAGCAAUUGGUGCCUCUCUGUUUGUGAGCAAUAUUGGGAGUGAGCACUUCAUUGGGCUGGCAGGAUCUGGAGCUGCAAGUGGAUUUGCAGUGGGCGCAUGGGAAUUCAAUGCCUUACUGCUUUUACAACUUCUGGGAUGGGUUUUCAUCCCAAUUUACAUCCGGUCAGGGGUAUAUACCAUGCCUGAAUACUUGUCCAAGCGAUUUGGUGGCCAUAGGAUUCAGGUCUAUUUUGCAGCCUUGUCUCUGAUUCUCUAUAUUUUCACCAAGCUCUCAGUGGAUCUGUAUUCGGGUGCCCUCUUUAUCCAGGAGUCUUUGGGUUGGAAUCUUUAUGUGUCUGUCAUCCUGCUCAUUGGCAUGACUGCUUUGCUGACUGUCACCGGAGGCCUUGUUGCAGUGAUCUACACAGACACUCUGCAGGCUCUGCUCAUGAUUAUUGGGGCACUUACACUUAUGAUUAUUAGCAUAAUGGAGAUUGGAGGGUUUGAGGAAGUUAAGAGAAGGUACAUGUUGGCCUCACCCGAUGUCACUUCCAUCUUAUUGACAUACAACCUUUCCAACACAAAUUCUUGUAAUGUCUACCCUAAGAAAGAAGCCCUGAAAAUGCUGCGGAAUCCAACAGAUGAAGAUGUUCCUUGGCCUGGAUUCAUUCUUGGGCAGACCCCAGCCUCAGUAUGGUACUGGUGUGCUGACCAAGUCAUCGUGCAGAGGGUCCUUGCAGCCAAAAACAUUGCUCAUGCCAAAGGCUCUACUCUUAUGGCUGGCUUCUUAAAGCUUCUGCCAAUGUUUAUCAUAGUUGUCCCAGGAAUGAUUUCCAGGAUACUGUUUACUGAUGACAUAGCUUGCAUCAACCCAGAGCACUGCAUGCUAGUGUGUGGAAGCAGAGCUGGUUGCUCCAAUAUUGCUUACCCACGCCUGGUGAUGAAGCUGGUCCCUGUGGGCCUUCGGGGCUUAAUGAUGGCAGUGAUGAUUGCAGCUCUGAUGAGUGACUUGGACUCUAUCUUUAACAGUGCCAGUACCAUAUUCACCCUUGAUGUGUACAAACUUAUCCGCAAGAGCGCAAGCUCCCGGGAGUUAAUGAUUGUGGGGAGGAUAUUUGUGGCAUUUAUGGUGGUGAUCAGCAUAGCAUGGGUGCCAAUCAUCGUGGAGAUGCAAGGAGGCCAGAUGUACCUUUAUAUUCAGGAGGUAGCAGAUUACCUGACACCCCCAGUGGCAGCCUUGUUCCUGCUGGCAAUUUUCUGGAAGCGCUGCAAUGAACAAGGGGCUUUCUAUGGUGGAAUGGCUGGCUUUGUUCUUGGAGCAGUCCGUUUAAUACUGGCCUUUGCCUACCGUGCCCCAGAAUGUGACCAACCUGAUAAUAGGCCAGGCUUCAUCAAAGACAUCCAUUAUAUGUAUGUGGCCACAGGAUUGUUUUGGGUCACGGGACUCAUUACUGUAAUUGUGAGCCUUCUCACGCCACCUCCCACAAAGGAACAGAUUCGUACCACCACCUUUUGGUCUAAGAAGAACCUGGUGGUGAAGGAGAGCUGCUCCCCGAAAGAGGAACCAUACAAAAUGCAAGAAAAGAGCAUUCUGAGAUGCAGUGAGAAUAAUGAGACCAUCAACCACGUCAUUCCCAAUGGGAAAUCUGAAGACAGCAUUAAGGGCCUUCAACCUGAAGAUGUUAAUCUGUUGGUAACCUGCAGAGAGGAGGGCAACCCAGUGGCAUCUUUAGGUCAUUCAGAGGCAGAAACACCAGUUGAUGCUUACUCCAAUGGGCAAGCAGCUCUCAUGGGUGAGAAAGAGAGAAAGAAAGAAACGGAGGAUGGAGGUCGGUACUGGAAGUUCAUAGACUGGUUUUGUGGCUUUAAAAGUAAGAGCCUCAGCAAGAGGAGUCUCAGAGACCUGAUGGAGGAGGAGGCUGUUUGUUUACAGAUGCUAGAAGAGACUCGGCAAGUUAAAAUAAUACUAAAUAUUGGACUUUUUGCUGUGUGUUCGCUUGGAAUUUUCAUGUUUGUUUAUUUCUCCUUAUGAACUUAAGGAUAUGGUGAGACACUAACUUAAGACAAUACUGACUGGUCUUUGGGGAAAAAAAGUUAAGUAACUGUUGCAUCUCUCAGGCAUUGUUUACGCUGUAGGUUUUAGCCAAAUUUUACUUAGCAGAAAAUCAUCUAUUUACAAGACUUUAUUUUCCCAGAGAUGGAUGAAAGUAAAUCUUCAACUUAAGUGAAGCAAAACCUAACAGACUGAAUUGUGCAAAUGUGGUUUUAAAUUUUGCAUACCAAAGUAAGGAGAGACCAAUUAUUCUCACAGAGCACUUAGAGCAGAAUAUAUGUUAAGUUACCAUGAAUUAAGGUAUACUGUCUGCACUGCCAAGUCUUGGCAGACCUUCUUACCCUGAAGUAGAAGAUUUGCUCAUUUCUAAAUUUUUUUUGUCUCUGUAAGCCCUCCUACCAUUAAGAAAAACUUAUUUCUUAGACAUUGUACAAUCAGUUAUGUACUGAAAAUCGAAUGUGCUUGUGUGAUACUUGUUUCAGGACAAGUUCGUUUGCCAGGUUCAUUUUGUUAGCAUGAGCCUACGGAUUCUGAUUGCCAAAAGAAAGAAUGUCUUCCUGUAGGUAUUUUUGUACCACCAGUAUGGAAUGUUAGGGAAAAACUUUGUUCCAGUUCCUUUUUUUUUCUUUCUACUUUCAAGUUUAAGUGAACCAUACUGAAAUGACCAACAAGUCUGCCUGUAAAGUUACAUGUCAUGAUUGUAUCGUUAAAUGAUUAUGGGGGAGAAAAUGAAGCAAAUGUUGCUGAUGAUCCCCAUAUUUAUUGAUCAUAUUAAGGUUGUUCAUACAGUUUGGAAAGGACCAGCCCCUAAGCAGUGUUUGAUUAACUUAUGCUAAUCAGAUGAUUACUCAUAUAUUCUGCUAAUUUUUUAGCUUUGUUCUUGUUAUUUGGAAAAAUUAUUAGCCAAAUGCCUUCCUAAGUGGAUCUAGUUGGAAGAUAUGUCCGGAAACCUAAAGAAAAAUUGAUGCUGCCUUUGUGUGCUGGAUUGCUCUACUUGAUUAGAUCAUGAUAUAUCAAGGUUGAAUUUUUAGAGGGCAAAUUUAAUUCUCAUAUCUUAUUGCAUCCUUGCCGAGUUUUUCCUUGAUUUUUCUUUUCCUCAAAAGACUUGCCAUCUGUACACGGCCUCUGUGUUUUUGUUAUAGUGACUUAGAGCAUGAGGAUAUUUCAAUGCAAGCUGGCCAUCAGUAACAGAAAACUCAGUGCGUACUUUGCUGUUGUUAGGUUGUCAAUAUAGUCUUUCUGUAGGAUGGAUAGCAUGUUUGAGAGGUGCCAAACAAGAACUUUUGGGGUUAGUAGUGUGUCUUGUGGAGGGUAUUACAGGACUGUGUAAUUAUAGGACUCUAACUUGACAUGGCUUGGCACCCACUUGCAGCUAGUGGGUACAGGGUACAAAAGAUGUUAGAGAAAAGCUCUGCAGAUUACGUACUUCUGUGUCUUUGGGUGCUCAACACUGUCCUUUGUCCUCCAUGAAAGAUGAAGGAAGCAAAUUAUGUAUGUACUUUCUUUAAUCUCUGAUACUUUUUAGAUUGCAUGAUUUUACUAGACUUGUAUUUAGGGAAAUUACUUUCAUAAAUACUUUUGUAGAUUUUGAACUCAGUCUUGUUUUUAAUUUUUUUGUAGUCUAUAAACUAGUUUCAUUAUGAUGGACUUGAUUAGUCCAAAGUUAAUUUUAGAAAUCAUCAGGUAGCAUAGUGUCUUCCCAUGAUCAGGAGGCUUUCUGAUGGACUGAGUCUGUAAAUGAAAAAAUAAUUUAUGUAUGAAUAGCAUGUAUAUCUGAAGAGCUUAGACUGCUAGAGUGCCUUGUAGAAACUUUUUGUCAGUUUUAUUCUUGAGGUUUAUAAUUUGGGGGCCAAAUAGAUAGAGAUCAUCCUUUUCUUGUUUGGAGGUUGAGGCUGCGACAUGUUCAAGGUUAUGAAGUCUUAUUUGGGAAGAACAGAAACCAGGUCUCCAAAUCUGGUCUCAUGGUUUGUUUAGAUGUGUCUGGACAAAUGGUUUGUCAAUGUUUUGUCCUAUUUUUCAAAGGAACUGUUCUUCCUUUGGGACAACCUUAUGGUGUUUGGGAAAGUAAUAAGAUCCUGGAUUUUUCAAAUUAACAUUAAGUUGUAAGAACUAAAAUUUUCUUUGAACCACACUGCUUUGUAAUUCGGUGAUAAUUGACAUAUUGUCUGGGCAGCCUUUCUAUCUCUUCCAUAUCCAGCGUAAAUGAAUAGGAGGUGUUUGUGAUUUUUUUUUUUUUCUGCGUUUAUUUAACAUUGAGUCCUAAUAGUUUGGAGAAUUAGGGUCCCUCUACCUUCUUUCUGCUCUUACUAAGAUACAUAAGGUACAUCAUCUUGUGUCUGUGUGUAUAUAGCAGUAGGUCAAGUUUAGAGUACUAAAGUCUGUAAAUAAGGAAUGACUAUUAGCAUAUUCGUUAGAGUUGUUUAUUCUUGCCAGUAUAAACAUCACUUUAUUUAGACUAAAGUCCCUGAAGCUUGUCUUUCUUAUUGCUUCCCAGUAAUAGAUAACGUGCUCGAGUAAGUUUGUGAAUUGCUGAUUGCAGCUUCAUUCAGGGACCAGUCUCCAGUCUAUAUUUCAUUAGAAUGAUUGUUCCUGGAAUGAUACAUGGACUGUCUUAAGCUAGCAAAAUGUUCAUACUUUACACUGAUUAAAUGGGUCCUAAAUGAUGACAUUGGUCUUUAGACAUUAACAUGUGUAUAUUUUUAUAUUAGCUCAAGCUAAGGUUCAGAAUUGAAGAUUGAUAUUGACUAGAAUAGCUAAAAGUCAGAAUGAGGUGAGGACACUGGCCUUGGAAGGUAGAGAAAAAUAAAUGUCUUACCAGGUGUUAAUGGUAUCCCCAGUUCUUAGACUUUAGUCUUCUCAGGCAAUUUUCAUCCCAAGAUCUGAUGAGAAGGGUGUAUUACAUUGGUAUGCAGGAUGAUUAUUGCGUAUUUUGUGGGACCUCUAAUUUCCCUGGUAAUCUUUAAGAAUAUUCUGUUCUGCCACCCCCAGAGUAAACACUUGAGCCAAUUUCUUCUUCACCAGCUAUUCUUCCCCGGGGGUAAUUAUGCUUUGUCUUUAGAUAAGAGAAGCAUCAAGCAAUAGCAGUGGUGCUGUGUCCUUUGGCCUAAAUUCAAUAGAUCUUAUCUCCUAGGGCUUCCUUUUCACUUGGCUCAAAGGAUCUAUUGUCUUUGGCACAAAGAGGCUGGCCAGGGUCAUGUAGCCAUAGCUUUUAGGGAUGGUACCUCAAGAAAUUAGCUGGGACCUAUCACUCUGAAACUUCACAUUUUAAGAACUGAGUUGAGGGAGUUGUUAUGCACUUGUGUAACCUGAGGCUAAGCAAGGGGUUCAAUCUUGUGAGGGCCAAUUGAGUGUGUCUGUAUUUGCAGUCCAUGGCUUAUUUUCUCUGUAGUGGGCAUAUGGAGCUUCCCCUCUGACUUUGAAUAUCAUUUGGUGUAGCCUAUGUGUUAUUUUCAUUCUUUACCACCAAAUAAAGUGGCUUACUGGCUACUCAGUUAUUUGCUACUCAAAGGUUAGGUCUUCCCUGUUCCUGCUUGGCAGUGUUAAAGCUUACAGGGUUACCUUAUGUUGAUUCCCCUGGCUCAUUUUCAUCAGAGGCAUGGUGACUGGAAGGGGAUCACAUGGGUCGCUGGUGGUGACACCUCACUAUUUCCUAGGUUUGAGUAGAGAGAUGUACACAACGCCAUUCCUGUUAAAUUAUGUGACUACAGAGACUUGCCAGGACAGAAUUUUCCUAAGAAAUCAGAAAAAUGAUUAAGUGAGAGGAAGUACCUGGGUGACACAGACGUUAGCCCGUUGGUAAAAGACAACAAAUAUUAGCUUAAAAUCUGCAUAUGUAGAAUCAUUUUCAUUGGAUUCUGGAGCUUGAAGCACCUUGGUUCUCAGCUACUUUAAACUCCUCCCCAUAUAAAUUGGGGCACUAAUAAAUAAGAUUCAGCUCGUUAAACCCUGAUUUGAUGUUUGAGCAUUAUAAAGUACAAAGUUUGUUAAUGCAGUAGAGAUAAUUUAGUAGAAAAAUGCUUUGAGGCUUCAGUAUUUGUAAGAUUUUGCAUUAGCCAGGUGCUAGAUUGUUGAAGGCAUUUCAGUGUUGAUAAUAGCCUGAGCAGACUUCUUUACAAAUGGGAUAUAUUUCUAUAUGUGUAUAUGCCCACUUACCAUUCAGAGAGACUGGUCUUUCUCUUUGUCUUCCUUCACAUUGCUGUGUCAGUUCUACACCUAGUCUUUUCAGCACUUAGCAAAUUCAAAUUUUGAUUUGUCAGCUUAGUUCACUUUAAGGCAUAUUCGCAUGAUGUGUGAAAGUGCCAUUUUGCCCCAGGAUUGAGGACUUUUAGAUCCAAAUAAUGAUUCAUUAAAUAUAAUUAUGCUUUAGGUAUACUGAAUUUCUGUUAGCUUAAAAUGUUAAUUCUCGAGAAUGAUUUUCUCACUUUGUGUUGGCUAAUAAUAAAAGCACUAUUUUAUUCUCAGAAUUCCUUUUUCAAAAAUUAGGGAGAGAGCAGUAGUGAUCAUUUAUGUGAGCCCCUUUGAAAUGAUGGUAUCAGAGUGCAGAGAAACAAUGGAGUUUGUUUUGAUGCCAAAAAAAGUUUUUUUUCAGUAUAAGUAAAAAUUUGGAAUUAGUUGGCAUACAGAGGAAUCCUUUUGUACUGGAAGGUAUGGGGCUGGACUGUGAAAAAGUAAUCUUUCGAUUGCUAGACUUGGUUAACUUAGGACUGCAAAUCUUUUUCUUCUCUCAAGGUCACUUAAAAUGGAAUGUUUUUGUCAGACUGUCUUCUGUUGGAAUACUUUAGCUGUUCAGCUACUUACAAUGUUUUUAUUUAAACUUCUCUCUCUCCGAUGCUGAGAAUAAGGCUUUAAAUUAUUGAUUCACCUUUAAAGGAAUGUUGUGAGAAUUGAUGUAAUUUGUGUUUGUUUCCAUCUAAACUUCUUUAUAAAAAAGAGGGAUUAGCUUUUUUGUUUUGGGGUAAGCAUUUAAUUUAUCUGGUAACCAACAAUGCUAACCAUUGGCAUAUAGUCUUUCAUUCAGAAAUAAACAAAAACUGUUUGGUGUAUCCGUAUCAUUGCUAAUCUUGUACACUUUACUUUUUGGGCAGUACCAUACAUAAUCUGAGGCUGUUGACUUAAACCAAUAACCUUACUUUAUGUAAUGACUCUUAAAUUUGGUUACCUGGGUUCACAGCCUGCUUGAAGAGAAAGGAUGCUAGAGUAAAGUAAGCAGCUGAAGAGCGAGCAAAUCAAGACAAAA